AUGCUACUCUCAGCCGAGUCAACACCAACUAGGUUCAUUUCUGUCAAAGGUUUAUCCUCGCCCUUCCGGGAUCAACCGGCCACUUCCUUGACUGUCUCAUCCCAUGUCAUUGACAUCUCACCCUCGCCCCCGCCUCCGGCUUCGCUGCUUGCUAACCUUAGCGGUAGAUUUGAAGACGCCCUAUCGCCCGAUGUGAAGACUCCCACAGAAAGCGAGCUCAACCCCAUGCUGGAUAUUGAUGAGUUUGCGAUUUCGGAGCCAACAACGCUCAACGCUAGACAUCAGCCCAUUGGUCUUGGCUUGGGUAUUGACACUGGAGAAAGCACUUUCGCCAACUUUUUGCCCAUGUCAGCAGAAGCUCUUCACUCUACACCUACGCUGCCUUGGGGUAUCGAGCAAAGCGCGCCAUCUUCAUCACCGCUUGUCACCCUAUCGACGCGUCGAGUACAGCUGAGUCCUUGGCCGACAUCUUUCGACAACCUCACUCCCGAGCGGUCAGAAAAUCAUGAUUCUUGGACAGAAGCCGUUUUGCAUGGUCAGGAGCUUGAAACCGCAGAGCAUCGCCCACGUGCCACUCUCAAGAGGGAAACAAAUCCGUCUCCAGAAAUUUCGCCUUCUCUCUCAAUUAAAUCUCCGGUUCACGUGUCGUCGGUCACACCGCAGACGAACACCCUGAAGACUGAGAAUGUUCCGUCGAUCUCCCAAAGGCUAACGCGAAGACUGUUAUCAUUCAACCGGAAAUCGCUGGCUGGAGACGACUUCAAAUCAGAAAAAGUUGCCCCAGAGCUUCAAGUUAUCCCUGAGCUUGUCAUUUCACCCAUCCCGGAUUCAUCAUCCGGACCAAUGCCCCUCUCGAUGAAAUUUAGCCCGCGGGGAAGACUUUUGAGCACGCUGCGCCAUCGGAUGAAGCUGCGUGGGAUUGACAACCCGGACUCGGCUCAGGUUACUCGGGCAUCACCAGUCCUUCCGACAAGAGGCGGCAGCGAUGCCGGCUCAUUUAUAGCCCCAUCCCAAGACGCAUAUUCCAGUGGAAAGAACGACUCGCCGCUCGAGCUGCCAUCAUCCCCAGCUUUCCCAUCACAUUCUCCCAACCUCCGCGAUGCCCCUGGAAGCUUUUCGCCAUUGAUGUACGACAACAAGGCCUUUUCACCUGCCAUGUCACAUGCACCUCAAGCGCAUGUGAUGCCUGUGCACCCCGGGGCUACCACCCUUGUCGUUUCGAUCGUCGCCGGAAGUCUGGGUCUUGUUGGAAUUUGUCUGAUUCUCAUCAUAUUGGCUUGGAAGAAGAACGGAUGCUUUCCCGGACUUUCAUCUUGGAAACGCAAGCAUAGAGGCACCGCCUAUGAUGAAUUUAUGGAGGAGAAGAGUUGUUGGAUUGCUGACAAAAAACUCAAGAUCCAUCGUGAAAGCAAGCCAAAUCCCGAGCGCACAGUCACUGCUGUUAACCAGAAGUCAAACAGCUUCUGUUCCGCUAGUGAGGAUGUUCGAAGCGGCCACCCGGUGUCUCGCAGCCCAUCUCAAGCUCCUUCUAUUCCGCCCCUAGCUUACCUUGUGAAUGGAAAGUUAAGCAUUGACAGUAUCCGGCUUGAAUUUCCUGCACCCGUAUCGUCCCCGAUGGCGCCUUCCCUUUCAUCGGGCCUCAGUAGCAACUAUGAGGACGAUCUGAAGCAGAAUGAUUAUAAGGUUAUCAGUACCUUGAAAAAUCGAACCCAACCGGAGCCCGCCCAAUCACCUCACAAAAUCGAUUUUUCUGACGAUGCCCACCUCGCUAGCCGGCCAAGGUCUGAUAGCAAGUCUUCAACCAUAUCGAAGGCUUCCCUCAAAAGCAUCAGCUCCAUUGCUUCUUUCCUUCUCAGUAUCACGAAGUUCGACUCUUUAUCAGCAGGAAACAAGAAGGGAAAACUUGAGAUGGGUAUCAGCAGUGAGAAUUAUAAGAAUGUUCGCGAGUCGCUCAAUAGCGUCAACGAUCCUUUCAGCAUGUCCUCUCCAAAGUACGCCAAGAAACCUAGUAUCCCAGCAUUCAACCAGCCCAUCAAGCGAGUUGACUCUGCUGACGGUUUAGUCCGAGCAGCUUCUGCUCAAUUGAACCGCUUGAAUUACUCGGUUGGCUCUCAGGAUGCUCCUAAAAGGCCAAACACGAUUUCUUGUGUACCCCCUGCGAUUUUGAUUACGGAUCAUCCAUCCGAGCUCAUUCCGCCAUCACCCCCGCGUUCAUCCACUUAUGACCAAAGACCUGAGUCCAUCGGAACCUUCUUGGCCCGAUAUUCCAACUUCAAUUGCACAACAGAGCAGGGUCCUCACCCUGAAGAAAGCGAUUCCUACAUGUCCCCCCAACAUCAAUAUUCCACGUCUCAAUCGAUUCAAAUCCCGCAUGAUAAUCGAGCUGUAUUUGACUUACCAGUUUCAAAGGUGAAGGUCUCCAGCGAAGUGGAAAGAGCUGACAGGCAACCGACUCCUCGUAUACGUACCUUAAGCUCCGGGCAAGAGUGGCGCGCUAGAGAUCCUCGGAUCAACUCUGUCUCCAGUCUAAUUAGCCAUCGUUCACGAACCAGUGAGUUGCUUGGCACAGCAGCUCUUCAAGACUUCGAUCGGUCGAACGUGAAAUUCGAUUUUGCGCCGAAAAGAACCAGCUUGAACACGCUGAACUCUUCUCAAACGAUUCGGGAGCUAGCCGCGGUGACUGAAGAUCUCAGAGCGUUGAUCGACUCGGAGAUGGAUCCGGACUGCUCUUGGGAUUUACCCAGCCAGUUCCAUCAAACAGUCCCUGAUUGGGUCACGCUGCCUGCCAAAUUCAUGGUAGCUCCGCCCAUGCGUCCUCCAAAGUCUGCCAGCCGAUAUAGCAGCAUGAAGCCAACUGCUAUAGAGUACGAAAGCACAUCCACACCCUGCUCACCUAACGAUCCCAAUCCAUUAUCCAGUCGACGAGUUUCUUCUCAUUCAUCUUGGGAAUCUGCCGCGAUCCAGUACCCCGAUACGAAUUUCAACCCAUCAUCUUCAGCCAAGGGUAAACGGGUUUCUACUGGAUCUCGAGUCAAAAAAUCCAACUCGGAGUCCUCCAUUGAGACCGUCGUAUCCGCUGAAUCUAAUGCCAGUAUCCUGGAGAUCGCAAGCUUACACACUGCCCAGACUCAGAGCGUACGAGGCGUGUCUGCGGAAUUUGUUAUUCGUCAAAGCAUAGCUCAAAUCCAAGCUUUGGAAGCCCAUAACCGACUCAGAAUGGCACUCGGUACCAGACCGGAAUAG